AUGCCGCCAAAUGUACCGUUGAAUAUGUUUUCUAUGGAUAACAGCCAGGCGACACAGGUUUCCCAGAUCAUUUCUCCUGCACCUUCAUCACCUCUAUCCAUACUUGAAUAUCGCGACUCUCCGACGGCAGAUGAACUCGAUAUCCCCGAAUUUUUUCAAUAUAGCAAGGAAAAAUAUGAAAGUCAGAAGAUAGGAUGCAGGCGAAGGAGAAAGACAACACGUGACGAUCACUUCGACACAUCAUCCCUGGACGGGGGUGAUGAUGUGGAUGACACCAGCAGGCGUCAAAUACACAUUCAAUCAGAACAGAAGCGGCGUGCGGAGAUCAAGGAUGGUUUCGAGGAACUGCGUAGGCACCUUCCAACUACUUACACCGGUCGUAAAAUGAGCAAGGCGGUAUUACUGCAAAAAGCUGUUUCACAUCUAAAAAAUCAAUCAAGAAAGGAAUCAUUUCUUCUCGAUGAAAUUAACCGCCUGAAUCAAGCAUGUGUAUAUCUGACUGCUGAGUUGGAGAAGGAGAAAAGAAUGUUUAACUUAUUCAACAUCACCAUUCAUUCUUCGUUAUCUGUCGUGAUCUUUAAAGGAUGA